AUGAGGACGUCCCCGGGGGUGAGGGCGGCUCGGUGGCGGCUGUGGGGCCGCGGCCCCCUGCUCUUCCUCGUCUUCUGGACGGUGGGCUGGCUGCUGGCGGCCGCGCUGCUCCUCCACGUCCACAGGAGCGUCCUCUCGGAGCGCUGCACCGACCGGCGCAGCCAGCGGAUCCUGGCCGGCCUGUGUCGGGACUUCCGAGGGGGCGCGGUGAUGGGAGACCUGUGUGAAGACCUGUGCGUGGCCCACCGGCUGGUGUACCGGCACUGCCUCUACUUUGAGCGCGGAAAGAAGGUCCUCCGGGCAGACUGGAGGGGCCGGCCCGUCGUCCUCAAGUCCAAGAAAGAAGACUUCUCCAGCUUCCAGCCCCUCGGCCUUCUGGAUGAGGACGGGGGCGACCGGGGCCUGUCCGAGGCCGAGCUCCUCCUGGUAGUGGCCCUGGAGGUCAAGAGCACCCUGGGACUGGAGCUCUCCAACCGCUCGCUGGGGGCCCUGUGGGCGGCCGCGGGCGGGGGGCCGCGCUGGAAGGCCCAGGUGGCCAGCGCGUGGGCCCUGCUCCAGCAAGAGGAGUACCUCUACUUCAGCCUGCUGCAGGACGUCAGCCGGCACGUGUUGCCGGUGAUGGGCUCCUGUGGUCACUUCUAUGCGGUGGAGUACCUGGUGGCCGGCCACCCCCAGCACAGGACUCUCUUCCCCCUGGAGGAGGUGGCCGCCCCCGGCCCCGCCCCUCUGGGGGACCAGGCCCAGGCGGAAGCCAUCAGUCACAUCGCGCUCAGCUUCCUGGACAUGGUCAGCCACUUUGACGACGACUUCUCCCACCGCCUCCACCUCUGUGACAUCAAGCCUGAAAACUUUGCCAUUAGGAGUGACUUCACAGUGGUGGCGAUCGACGUGGACAUGGCCUUCUUUGAGCCCAAGAUGAGGGAGAUCCUGGAGCAGAACUGCACCGGAGAUGACGACUGCACUUUCUUUGACUGCUUUUCGAAGUGUGACUUGAGAACCCACAGGUGCGGAUCCCACCGAGUCAACAACAACCUGCAAGUCAUCUGCGACAAGAUAUUUCGUCACUGGUUCUUGCCGCCUGCCCGAAGCCCUGCUAUCCCCGCGUCACUCCAGCUGCGGUUACAGCGGGCCGUGCGGCGCUGUGCGGAUCCCGGGAGCGUCCCGGCCGUGGUGCGGGGGCCACCGAAUCCCUUCUCUGAACUGUACCGCCUACUUCAAGACACUCAGAGGGAGCUGAAAAAUGCCAGCGGCUAAUCUUUCCCGGUUCCACUGUUGAGCCUCGGCCAGGAAACGGUCCCAGGAGCGCGGCUCUUGCUACUGUGGUUGUUUUCGAGUUGGCUGCGGCCUCUGCCCACGAAGCAUCCCUAAAGAGCAGCAGAGGCUCCUCUAGGUCUCUGAAGGGUGAAAUUCCCGGCUGUUCUUUGGGCCUCCUGCUGGUUUUGUGGAUCUGUGCGAACACUACUGGUAAUCCGGCCGGGGGUCGUCCCGACCUUGCUGAGGGAAGGAUGGCUCCAUCCUGUCUCAAGACCCCAUUGUGCCCAGCUUCCUGAUAAGGCAGGCACCUGAACAGUAUGAAACAAAGGAGGGCAGGACAUGUCACGUGCCCCCGCUUCAGACUGUAAUCUCGUUCUGGGCAGGGGAUGUGUCUGUUUAUUGUUAUAUUGUAUUCUCCCAAGUGCACACAGUAAGCACUCAAUAUAUACGAUUGACUGACCGAUUCUGAAGAAAUGGCGCCUUGGCCGGACAAAACGGAGUCCAGGCCUCGAGACCUUUCACGCUCCACCCCAACUCACAGUGCCUGGCACGUUGUAAGCCCUUAAAUAUUAUUAUUAUUAGUAUUAUUAUUACCCCUUGGUGUCCUACCACCCCCAGAGACUCUGCUCCCCCGAGUGACUCUCCUUCACUUAGGCAAGGAGGUUAGGAGUUGAGCAUGUCUAGAGGCAAAACAGGUCAGAGGGGAUGGUCAGAUUUACUCUCAUUCACUUAGACAAGGGGGUUAGGAGACAAAAGAGUUAGGAGCUGAGAGGGUUAGGAAUCAGUCAAGUGGGUUUAGAUGCAAAACAGGUUAAAGGGGAUGGCCGGAAUAGAAGGGACCAAGCAAGGCCACAUAGUAAACACUUAAAUACCUGCCAUAUAUGUGUACACAGGGAAUGUAGUGCUGGGCCCACGAGCCUCCAGUGGGUUACCCAUCCACCUCCGCAUCAAACAGAAACUCCUCACCAUCUGCUUUAAAACUCUCAAUCACCUUACCUGC